AUGAUGGGUGUUUCAAUUGUUCUUUCACAACGAUCACUUCGUUCAAAAAAUCUACAAAAACGAAAUAUUCUAUUGAAAAUUUGUCGACGAACAAUUAUUCUUUUCGUAUUAGGACUCAGUGAACAAGAUGGUGUACCAAAAUUGGAAAAUCUUCGAAUUUUUGGUGUUCUUCAACGAUUAGCAACAUGUUAUUUCUUUACUGCUAUAAUUGUUCUUGUUUUUGAUAAAAAAUACGAUGAACGAGAUACGACACGAUUAUCCAUUUGUGACAAUGAAAAACAAUCAUUAUGUAGAGAAUUAUUUAAUAGUACGUUGCAAUUUUGGAUUCAAUGGUUUGUUGUUCUAAUGAUUAUGACUGUUUGGAUUUUGAUAACUUUUCUUGUUCAUGUUCCAAAUUGUCCGACUGGAUAUUUAGGUCCUGGUGGAAAACAUGAUCAUGGAAAAUAUAUGAAUUGUACUGGAGGAUCUGCUGGAUAUAUUGAUCGAUUGAUUUUAGGAAAUACUCAUUUAUAUAAUGAACCAACUUGUAAAGAAAUCUAUCAUACUAAAGUACCUUAUGAUCCCGAAGGCAUUUUGGGUAUUUUAACGGGAAUUCUUCUAUGUUAUCUUGGUGUUCAAGCUGGUCAUAGUUUUAUUUAUUCGACUCGUGUUCGUCGUAUUUGUAUUCAUUGGUUAAUAUCAGGUAUUAUUUGUGGUUCUAUUGGUUUGAUCUUAUCACGUGGUGGUCAUUCAAAUAGUUGGAUUCCAAUUAAUAAAAAUCUUUGGUCACUUACAUUCGUAUUAAUUCUAGCAAGUUUAGCUUUUUUCAUAUUAACUAUUCUUUAUCUACUUGUUGAUGUUAAUCGAUGGUUUACUGGUAGUCCAUUUCUCUGGUUAGGUAUGAAUUCAAUUGCUCUUUAUAUAGGACAUGGUCGUUUUGGAACUAGUUUUCCCGUACAAUUCGAUGUUGAUAAUACACAUGCUAAACAACUUGCGAUUCAUCUCUAUGGUGCAUUUUUUUGGUCAUUUAUUGCUGCUUUCAUGUAUUAUAAGAAAAUUUUUAUUGCUAUUUAA